AUGCCGGGCGUGGAAGUGAUGGGGUCGUCGGAGGAUUUGCAGGCAUCCGAACGGCUACUCCUAAGGUCUCACAAGCCGCUCCCUCGGCGGGGUGUAAUUGUUCCCAGCAUCGAAGUCAUCCAACCGGUCUCCCCGGAUCAGGAUGGGAAACAUACUGCGACGUCGUCGCUUCCCUUGACACCGCCAGGUGCAGGCCACGAAGAACCCGUGGUUGACGAACGAACACCUCAGAAAAUGAGUUCUUCUUUGUCAAACCUGCCCACGUCUGGGGUAUUGACCUCUCGCCGUUCCUCUAAGCCUCCGACCCCGGAUGUGACGCCUCCUCGAACGAACUCUGAUAAGCGACCUUCCUUAAACCAGUUUAGUUAUUUCUCCUCGUCGUCUCGAGCCGAUUCAUUUCAAACGGCCUUGGAGAGUAUCUCGCCGGGAGAAGAUAUGGACACGCCAGUUAACAUGUCUCAGACUGCGACCCCGACAGCAAAACAAAGGAGGCAACCAUCAAAGCCACCUGCCUCAAAUGGAUAUCUUCCACACUUUCCAAAUAUAAAAGGAUAUCCGCCGUCUGCUUCUCAACAACACGGCGAAACCGAAUGCGACAUUAGAUUCGAGUAUUUUGAUGGACAUUGGGCCGCAAACCCGAUCGAUGGGUCGCCAACACCGUUGGCUGGGAAGCGAAGGACUGCACAAAACCACACCCAACCGGUCUAUAAGCCAACCCUUGGGGGAGAUGCGCUGGAUAUAAUACACCUGGAUGCGUCUUUGAUGAGAGAAAAAAGUCUGCGGGAUCGCGUAAAUGGUGCGCAUGAACCCGAAGCAAGUACUUCAAUGGAGCACUUCCGUGAGAAUAUUGGGUCAUCAUCAUUGGAGGGUCUAGCAAGAUCCAGUGGACCAGACGCCCGUCCUUUGUCGACCAUCUCUUCGUCAUCCACUGUCGAGGCUAUGAUAAUCGAUUCUCCCAAACGAGCCCAGCGAAUGCUCCGGCAUACCGAAAAGAAAAGCUCUCUGCGUUCUGCCAGCUCUCCCAUAACAAGAUCUGAACGUACAUCUUAUGGCUCCAUCCCUGAAUCCCAGCAUCGCUUGGUUCACAAGGCUGCUCGUAUUUCUGAUCAGGAUUUUCGAAGCAGAACACCGGAGACGUCGUUCUCGGCCAAGACUAGCAACAGUGCAAUACAGCCCAAUAUCGAAACUAUCAACGUGGUGGUCAUACCUGAGAGAAGUUCAUCUCUAAAGUCCCGUCCUAACAGCCAUGCUUCUUCCAAACCGGGUUCUCAGCGAUCAAGCCGUUGUCCUCCGACAGCAUCAACAGGCCGCACAGAUAUCCCAGGACAGAAGAAACGCACAGUGUCUGAUUCAGUGUCGACUCGAUCUCGCGAGACCGAUUCCAGGGGCUAUCCCAUGGCGCGGCCUGUCAUUCCACCCCGGGCCUCAUCGCUUUCUGCGCCGACGAGUCGGAACAAUUCCCGCGCGACUUCUCUCACUUCUAAUAGCCUGCGAAGUCGUCCCACAGAGCGUCCCGCUAUACCACCCCGAAGCUCGUCGCUUUCUGCGCCAACGAGUCGGAACAAUUCUCGUGCGACUUCACUUACUUCCGAUAGUCUACGAAGCCAUAACUUAGCCAUGGACCUCGAGAUACAAAAGAAUCGUGAGCAUCAGCCGAUGUCCCCGCCUCGCCACAACGUCUUGUCAUCGCCUGACCGCCAUGGCCUACUCGAGGUUCCCAAUAUGCACGCCCUCUUUGCUAGCUCCGAUGAUAUGGCGACCCUGCGCCCUCCCUCUUUACCUUUUACCCAAGGCUCGAUUCCAUCGUCUUCGCCGGGGCCUAUCGAAAUCCAAGAGGCCACAGCCGUCAGUCUGUUCGCACACAACAAUAGAUCACUGCUGCUUGUUGAUCCCCGGGUACAAGCCUCAAGAGACCCUUUCCAAACGCUUGGAAUUUCUUAUGAUCUUCCUCAAUCCCCUCGUACACCCGAAAAUCUACCACAGAUCACAACAUUCAAUGUCGACUCGCCUUUGAAGAACCCUCGUCCUCCGCCCAAGCCCCCAUCCGCCAAACCUCUUCCCCCGCUUCCAUUAAAUGAAGCCCAAGAUGAAAAUAAAGGUCUCGUUCGACGAUGGAGUUCCGUCCGUCGCACCUGGAGCGCACGCCCUCGAUCGGAUUCCUUCAACAAUAUAGCGCGGUCAUUCUCCAUGAAAUCGGCGAAGAAUCGAACCGCAGGAAUGGAAAUGGACAGUCGUCUUUAUCCGUUUUGGCGACCUCGUGGAUUCUGGGAAGACGUACCCGAAUCCCCAGAGAAAGAAACCUCGCCGACGCGGCAAUAUUUGCCACGCCCCGAUGAAUCCUUGAUUGUAAACAACUCUCUCGGCCUGCCCCAGCGGCGUAUCAUCUUCGAUGGCCCACCUGCCCUGGCGCGCCGCAGCCCAGAAAUGAGACGUCUGUUCAAUGGAAUGACUAGCAAUGGUAGCUUGGUUGAUCAAGGCAUGUUCCGAACAGGGUCCCCAUUAAACCGGAGUCGCUUCCGGUCUGUCUCUCGAUGGGGACUGCGGCUUCAGUCGAUGUCAUGGCGCAAUGUGCGGAAUCGACUACGACGCGUGCGCCAGCGACGAGACGAGAGAAAACGGGCUGUCCGGAGGGAAGCCCUCAAGCAGAGCAUCGGUGGCCCUGUUUAUGUGGCCUCUAGUGCUACAGCUGAGGUGGCUAUGAGAUGA